CGCAUCAUAAAUGUAAAUAACAUCUAAAUUAGUUUAAAUAAUUAAAUUUGAAAACUAUUAUUUUAAAUGUAUAGUAAAUUAAAUUGUACAAAUAAUAAAUUAUAAAACGAUGUCGAAACAAUCGGUUAAUGUAAAUCCGGCCAAACUCUUGAUUAACACAAAAAACAAAACUAAAAAAAACAAAAGGUUGAAGAAAAAAAAAUGUGUAUGUUGCUCCAGAAUAUUACGCCCAGAUGAAUCUGUGGAAAAAAUUGAGGCUAAUGAUAGAAUGAUAUUUUUGUCUUCUAUUCAUCCUCCCGUUAUUUGUGGCCACAAAAAUUGUAUUCAAACGCCAAUCACAACACCUAAGCAUAGAGGAUUUUUGUUAGACUUGGAAAACUAUGGAGUAAAGUGGUUACCGGGUGCCGUGACUAAAUAUGUGGCCAUAUUAAUGGAGCAAACAAAAGCAGGAACUCUUGGACCAUUACCGGGGAGGAUAAGAAAUAAUAGGAAAAUACUAGACUAGUCAGCAUCAUUCUGUGGAAAGAAUUAAUGAAAGGACUGAACUAACGUUAGUGAUGAUUGUUAUAAGUCAAGCAAAAUUUAAUUGUAAUCAUAUUAUUCAUAAAUCAUAUUUAUUUUUUAUUA